AAAUAUCUGUGGUUUCUGUUGGUGAAAAAGUCCCAGGUACUACUAAGGCUCCAGGAUUUAAUGUCUCUCUUCCUAAUUGGAUGAGUGCUAAAUUUCAGCCAGAGGUUAUUGCAAAUGAAGAUGUGGGUCUUUCUGACUCAGGUUCACAGAGAGCAAGUUAAGAACCUCUGCGCUGGAAGUCGGUUUACUCUCAGCAGGUCCAUUAGUAGGAAUAUGUAGGUGCCCUUUGUCUUGUUCCUCAAAUGAUGGUCGUGAUGGCAGAGGUCAUGGGGAAAUAGGAGCAGUGCAGCUGAGGGAACUCGAAGCUGAGCAGUUGGAGUCCCGGAGGAAUAAACGUUCAGGGGCCACGGGGCGUGGUCAUUUGGUGGAAAGGCCUGGCUGCAAAGGCUGUCAGAUGAGGCCUCACCUGCCACACUGGCCUGCCCACCAGGGUGUGCAUGGAGUAGCUCGCCUGCAGCCCACUCUUGGCCAACAGCCGCCCGUUUCAGUGUGUCGGCGCCUCCCCAGUCUGGUCAGUGUUUCUGGGGAGCUGGCUCACAGCGCCGCAUGCUGUCGCAGCAGUGUCCUGUCUGACGAGGUUUGAACUGCAGUUGCUCGGAAGUGCUGUGGUUCUGAGGACGUGCCUCAGGGGUCCUGGGGAGGGGACAGAGUAGCUUCUUAAGUCUAUCUGGGAUUCUUUGGGGAAAAGGUUUUACAAUUGCAGAAUCUUGAAAACUACUGAUCUACCAGGUUGAGAGACUGAAAGUCUGUGAGUUAGUAAAAACUUGGGGUUCAUUUUAUUGUCUCGGGUCUUUCUUUAAAUGAUAGAAUGUGAUCAUCCCAACAGGUCCAGCCACCAGGCCCUGCCUUCUUCCCCUGGGGUAAGCCGCUCAGCGUGGGUUGAUGGUGCUCCUGUCUGGGGGAGAUGAUUUCUGCUCAGGGUGAUCCCGUCACCCGAAAGGCAUGUGUCAUUUGGCGCAGCCUCUGGCUGAGUAAAGCCAUGUGCGGGUACUGCUGCAGGGCACGAUUGUUGGAAAUGCUGCUUUUGUCAUUUGCCCUCUGUGACUGACGCUUACGGGACAAUUGUCUGUUUUAGUCGGGUCUCAGGGUGGCAGGGAGCAGGCUGACUUCAAGUCCGGGUGUGUACGGUCGCACAGGAAUAAGGAAAAUAGGAAUCUGCUGGGAUCCCGGGAUCUGCCGGAGUGCUGGGCCCUGGCGCUCAGCUCCACUGCUGCUCUCCAGGGUCUGCUCGUUCGCACACUGUUGGUGGCGUCUCCUCCCCACGGCUUGGGCCCUGCUCUGCCCACCUCGUCCUCUUCCUCUUUCCCAGCGCAGACCCCAGAGAGAGUGACGGAGCUCUUGCCCACACCCCACUUCCCAGGUGCUGGUCAGGGGCUGCCUGGUCCCCAAGCUGUCCCCAGGGAGGGGUGGGCUCCUCCCAUCUGCACCCCCGUCCCCUUUCCGCAAGGUCUGCGGUGGGGUUGGCUCACUCAGAGGGGACUGUGGAUUGGUAGGGACUGUGAGUGCAGUUUCCAGAACAGUCUGAUCAGACUUUUGCAGAAAUGAUGCCUUAACAAGAGCUUAGUAAGCUCUCAAUAUAUGUUGUCAUAUGUUGUCUGAUACAUUUCAUCAAGGUUUGUAUUUUUUUGCAUUAAAAAAAUUAGGAAUUUAACUCUGCAUUCUUCUGAAUUCAGUUGUGUGUUUGUACGUACUUUUUUUGACAUUUAUUUCAGCAGCAAAUACUCCUGUGAUCCUGUAGGGCAUGGGUUCUCAACUGUGGCACUGUUGACAUUUGGGGCCACACACUUCCGUGUUGUGGAGGCUGUCCUGUGCAUUGUAGGACUGUAGCAACAUUCCUGGUCCCUACCCACUAGAUGCCAGUGGGACCCCCACCCCCAGUUGUGACAACCAAAAAUGUCUUCAGAUAGUGCCACACGUCCCCUAGGGGACAGAAAUCAGCCCUGGUUGAGAACGACUGAUCCUAGUAUAACAUUUCCCAGAAUGUAUCGUGUGGAACCCGAGUUUAAUGGGACGCGCAUACAUUUUUACAUAUCAAUCAGUUAAGCUAUUUUGUGUUGCAUUUUUAGUCAGCAUUAUCAUGUGUGUUUUCAUGUAUUUACAUAAUCCACACAUUUCUCAUUUUAAAAAUUUAUCUAAGAUCCUGUCACAAUUCUGGGAUUGUAUUUUUUUUCUAUAUUAUUUUAUGGUCAUGCCUGAUGUUUCAGAGCCUUUUGGGCAUUUAGAUUUUGAUAUUUUCUACGUUUAUUAUCCUCUGGCUACCAAGCUUGGUGCUAGUCAGAUGACGGGGGACGUGGGUAGGAGGGGUGGCGCCGCUGGGCCCAUGUCUGUGGCGCUCUGUCCCUGAGCACACCGACAGUGCCCUGGGAGAAAGAUUGUCUGCGUGAAAGGGCCCUCAUCCCAAGAGGUGGCAUUUCUAUUCUCCAAAAAGCAUUCAUUGACACUUAAUAACAAAUACAUCAAGUUUUGAGUGCCAGUUUUUAAUGAUGCCAAUGAUAGUCACGAUCUUAACAAAGCUGCGCUGUGAAUUUAAAAUCUACCAGCUGUAAUAGACCAUCCAGCUCAGCAUUUACUAAAACAGAUUCUAAAACCAUUAAAACACCUUUGUUAUUAGAACUUUGCUGUGUCUUUAGUGGACGUAUGCGGACUUUUGGCUUAGAAGAACUUUAUUUGGACAGAUUUUGUUUUAACAGGAUUUAAUACCUAUGAUUUUUUUUGAAUAUUAACUUCAAGUUGUACCUCUCCAAACCCUGUUUGAAAACUAAAGUGACUUCUUGAGAGAUGUUUUCCUCAGAACGAGUUAUUGCUGGAACUUCUGCCUGGGCCGGGGGCUGUGAAGCCAGGACCGAAGCCGGUGGGCAGGCAGCUCACGUGUCUGAGCGGUAGUCACCUAAAACGUCCUGCACACCGAGUGAGACCUCACUGAGCUGUGGUGACGCACAGCAGAGAAGCUGCUCCUCACCGUCUGCUCCAUUUCGGGACAUGUGGCUCUGCUCUGCCAGCUGCUCAGAAACCAUUUGCUUUUGACUCAAGAUGAUUUGAUGUUAUAGUAAAACUCCUAACCAUGAUGGCUACACAGACACUGAGCAUAGACAGCUAUCAAGAUGGGCAACAGAUGCAAGUAGUAACAGAAUUAAAAACGGAGCAAGACCCCAACUGCUCUGAACCUGAUGUGGAAGGAGUGAGCCCUCCCACCGUGGGGGCCCAGACGCCGAUGGACGCAGACAAGCAGGCCAUUUAUAGGCAUCCACUGUUUCCAUUGUUAGCUUUGUUGUUUGAAAAAUGUGAACAAUCUACACAAGGCUCAGAGGGCACGACUUCUGCCAGUUUCGAUGUGGAUAUUGAGAAUUUUGUAAGGAAGCAAGAGAAGGAAGGAAAACCCUUUUUUUGUGAAGAUCCAGAAACUGACAAUUUAAUGGUAAAAGCAAUCCAGGUUUUGCGCAUUCAUCUUCUUGAGCUGGAAAAGGUUAAUGAACUCUGCAAAGACUUCUGCAGUCGAUAUAUCGCUUGUCUAAAAACGAAGAUGAACAGUGAAACUCUGCUGAGUGGAGAGCCCGGAAGCCCGUACUCCCCUGUCCAGUCCCAGCAGAUUCAAAGUGCCAUCACAGGCACUCUCGGGCCCCAGGGGAUCGUGGUGCCAGCAUCCGCACUGCAACAGGGGAACGUAACCAUGGCAACAGUGGCAGGUGGCACAGUUUAUCAGCCUGUCACAGUCGUGACUCCCCAAGGCCAGGUAGUGACACAGGCGUUGUCGCCCGGGACGAUCAGGAUCCAGAACUCCCAGCUCCAGUUACAGUUAAACCAAGAUCUAAGCAUCUUGCAUCAAGAUGAUGGCUCAUCUAAGAAUAAGAGGGGAGUUCUGCCGAAGCACGCUACCAAUGUGAUGAGGUCGUGGCUCUUCCAGCACAUAGGGCAUCCGUACCCGACAGAAGAUGAGAAAAAGCAGAUAGCUGCUCAGACAAAUUUGACACUACUCCAGGUCAACAACUGGUUCAUCAAUGCCAGAAGACGAAUUCUUCAGCCAAUGUUGGAUUCUAGUUGUUCAGAAACUCCGAAAACGAAGAAAAAAACUGCUCAGAACAGACCGGUUCAGAGGUUUUGGCCCGACUCCAUUGCGUCCGGUGCUGCACAGCCGCCACCGAAUGAACUCACCAUGUCGGAAGGAGCUGUUGUGACGAUCACCACACCUGUGAGCAUGAAUGUGGACAGCCUCCAGUCUCUGUCCUCGGAUGGGGCCACCCUGGCAGUACAGCAGGUCAUGAUGGCGGAGCAGAGCGAGGAUGAGUCUGUGGACAGCACGGGGGAUGGCGGGGCUGCGCUGGCACCCACCCACAUCGGCGGGCUGGUCCUGGAGAACAGCGACUCCCUGCAGUAG